CAGAGGACCGGCGGGGCGAGGCGAGGACGGGUGGAGGCAGCGGCAGGUAACGGCGGUUGGUAACGGCAGCUUGGGUGGUGGUGAGACGCCCCCCUUCCAUCGCCGCGCCACCCCUCCAUCACCCCCCUUCCCGCCGUGGGGCGAGGGUCUCCCUCAGGCGGCGGUUGAGCUCCAGGGGAAGACUGGCUAUGAAGAGAAGCUAUGAAGGGAACAUCUGCAUAGCAGGCAGACAAAGGAUUACAGCCACGAUGUCAAAGCACCACGAUGCCGGGACCGCUUUUAUCCAAACGCAGCAGCUGCACGCUGCCAUGGCGGACACCUUCCUUGAGCACAUGUGCCGCUUGGACAUCGACUCGGAGCCAACCAUUGCAAGAAACACCGGCAUCAUCUGCACCAUCGGCCCAGCCUCCCGCUCAGUGGAUAAGCUGAAGGAAAUGAUUAAAUCUGGAAUGAAUGUUGCCCGCCUCAACUUCUCUCACGGCACCCAUGAGUAUCAUGCGGGCACAAUCAAGAACGUGCGAGAAGCUACGGAGAGCUUUGCUUCUGAUCCCAUCACCUACAGACCUGUGGCUAUUGCACUGGAUACCAAGGGACCUGAAAUCCGAACUGGGCUCAUUAAGGGAAGUGGCACAGCAGAAGUGGAGCUGAAGAAGGGCGCGCAGCUCAAAGUGACCCUGGAUGAUGCCUACAUGGAGAAUUGUGAUGAGAACGUGCUGUGGGUGGAUUACAAGAAUAUCACCAAGGUUAUAGAAAUUGGCAGCAAAAUCUAUGUCGAUGAUGGGCUGAUUUCCUUGCUGGUUAAGGAGAAAGGCAAGGACUACAUCAUGACUGAGAUCGAGAAUGGCGGCAUGCUUGGCAGCAAGAAGGGAGUGAACCUGCCUGGUGCCGCGGUUGACCUGCCUGCAGUCUCUGAAAAAGACAUUCAGGACUUGAAAUUUGGUGUGGAGCAGAAUGUGGAUAUGGUGUUCGCUUCCUUCAUCCGCAAAGCUGCUGAUGUCCAUGCCGUCAGGAAGGUGCUAGGGGAAAAGGGAAAGAACAUCAAGAUCAUCAGCAAGAUAGAGAACCACGAGGGUGUGCGCAGGUUCGAUGAGAUUAUGGAGGCCAGCGAUGGCAUUAUGGUGGCCCGUGGUGACUUGGGGAUUGAGAUCCCCGCUGAAAAAGUCUUCGUGGCCCAGAAGAUGAUGAUAGGGCGCUGCAACAGGGCUGGCAAACCCAUCAUCUGUGCCACUCAGAUGCUGGAAAGCAUGAUCAAGAAACCUCGCCCAACCCGUGCUGAGGGCAGUGACGUUGCCAACGCCGUCCUGGAUGGAGCGGACUGCAUCAUGCUCUCCGGAGAGACCGCCAAGGGAGAUUACCCACUGGAGGCUGUGCGCAUGCAGCACGCUAUCGCUCGUGAGGCUGAGGCCGCAAUGUUUCAUCGUCAGCUGUUUGAAGAAAUUUUACGCCUCAAUGUUAAGAACACGGACCCUGCCGAUGCCAUGGCAGCGGGUGCUGUGGAGGCCUCUUUUAAGUGCUUAGCUGCAGCCCUGAUAGUUCUGACCGAGUCUGGCAGAUCGGCACACCUUGUGUCCCGAUACCGCCCGCGGGCUCCCAUCAUUGCCGUGACCCGGAAUGACCAGACAGCACGCCAGGCCCACCUCUACCGGGGCAUCUUCCCUGUCCUCUGCAAAGAAGCAGCCCUGGAUGCAUGGGCUGAGGAUGUGGAUCUCCGUGUUAACCUGGGCAUGAAUGUUGGCAAAGCGCGUGGGUUCUUCAAGAGUGGAGACCUGGUGGUCGUCCUGACAGGCUGGCGCCCUGGCUCUGGCUACACCAACACCAUGCGUGUGGUGCCUGUGCCCUGAGCCUCUGGCUCCCACCAGCACCCAUCUCUCCCUCCCUUCCCACCCCCUCUCUGCCUUUCCCCGUGCGUUAGACCAGCCACCAGCCACCGCCUGCCGUGUUUCCCCCUCCUCCCCCCCCCAUAGUGUGGAUGUAGGUUGCUCAACACCACCCAGUGCAGCAGCAGCAGUGGGGGAAAGAUACCUUAAAUCACUUAAAAAAGUUAAAUAUAUAUACUUGAAGUGUUUAGUUUUUUUAAAGACCUUUCCCCAAUGUGUGUCAGAGUCAGCGUAGGAGUUGCCAGGACUCCUGGGAGCCUGGUGGCUGUUCUCAGGGUGUGAAAUGUCCCCUUCCCCACCCGAUUUUGCGGUGAUGGGGAGGGAGGGGGGCAAUGUGGGGUCAUGGUUCCCCUGUACCUUCCUCACUCCAGGUAAGCUGCUAUACCCCCUCAUCUGCAGCCAGAGCCCCCUCCAGACCACAUCCUGUGUGCAUCCAGGUGUUUUCCAGUGCUGGGGUGGGAGAAGGGUACUGGCUCCCUGCACACGGUGUACCCCUGUCUGCGUGUCUCGUGUUAGUUGUGUCCUCCCACCCCUCACUCUGCUGGGCGCUGGGGUGGUAGAGCACAAGAGCACAAGUGUCAGUCAAUAAAGAGCAGCUGAAGCACC